AUUGCACAGUUUAGCGUGCAGUUAAUGUUCUAUUAUUCACUGGACCACACGGCGUAUGAGCGUGAAUUUGAGCGAACAGCUGAUAUCGCGUAUCAGUGAACUAUUCCUCUUUCUCUCUCUCUCUCUUCUGGUAUACUAUGUAUGCUUGAGUCGAACCAGUUUGGAGAGUAUUUUGCACAGCGUAGCUUGUGCUAUCGCCCCAAGACCUGUUUAGUUGAUAAACAAAUAAGAUUCAGACAUGUGCUGGCUGUUGCUUCUACUUACAUUGGUGCACUCCCAGUGCCUGGUAUUUGGCCAGCAUCCUGAUGCUGUAAACUCGUGCAAUCGCGUCAAGACGCAGGUCUUUGAGGAGAAGGUGGCCUACAGUUUUCUCUUUCCCAAUGCACCUAUUACCUAUGAGGCUAUCGAUAAUUGUCAUCGUUAUUCGCCAUUGAUUGUGGGUGGUCAGCCAGCUGAUCCCAAAGAAUUUCCACUUAUGGCUCGUCUUGGACAUCGCCAGCAGCAGCAAAUCGAUUGGUUCUGUGGCGGCACUCUCAUCAGCGAAAACUUUGUGCUCACUGCCGCUCAUUGCUUGGAGUCGGAACAAGGUGAGGUAGAUGUAGUGCGCUUGGGCGAUUUGGACUUUGGCACAGAUAAAGACGAUGCUUUGCAUAAGGAUUAUGCUGUGAGCAGCUAUUUUAGUCAUCCACGCUUCACCAGCUCAGAGCUCUACAAUGAUAUAGGACUUGUCAAGCUUGCUGAAAACGUAAAAUUUGAUCGCUAUAAGCAUCCAGCCUGUCUGCCCUUUGAUGAUGGACAAAAUGUGGAAUCCUUUAUUGCAGUGGGCUGGGGUAGCACAAGCUUAGCUGGCAGAUCCUCCGCCAUGCUAUUAAAAGUGAAAUUGGAUCGCAUAGCAGAUACUAUUUGCAACAAAGUGAUAGAAUAUAGCGACGAAUAUCCACAUGGCUUUGAUGCUGCUAGUCAAAUGUGUGUGGGCUCCACUAUGGCUAAAGAUACAUGUAACGGCGAUUCUGGUGGUCCCAUAUUAGUAUAUCACGAGCAAUAUACCUGCAUGUAUCACGUAAUGGGCGUAACCUCAACAGGCAUCUCGUGUGGUACACCAAAAAUACCCAGCAUAUACAUGCGUGUGCAUUACUAUUUGGAUUGGAUAAGAUCAGUUAUUUUAAAUAAUUAACUUUGAAAAUUCAAAUUGUCAGCUUACACUUUCGCAAGGUGGCAACGCUCACCAAAGUUGCGAUUGCUUUAUUCCAUGGGUAGCAAAUAAGUUAACUUUAAAAUACUUGUGAACAGUAUCAGCUAAGCAAAUAAUGGUAUAUUUAUCGAUGAUCGAUGCAUCGAUGUUUUAUUACACCACUAAAAUAAUGUACAUCUUUAUUGUUGUUUACAAAAAAACACAAGAAAACAUUGCUAAAG